AUGAUUUUUGUAUUCAAAUGCGGAUUGCUCCUCCAACCAGUUUGGGCAGUUCCAUCAGCACCCAAGGGAGUGUCCAGUGAAUGGCAGGACGCAUAUCCUGCUGACGGCAGGAUUGGCCUCGGCCAAGCUGAGUGCGAAUCCGUAUCCGAAUCCCAUCCAAAAUGGCCAAUAUCCCAUCAUCCAGUUUCCACAUUGGCAGCAGCAGCAUCGUCAUCAUCAUUAUUAUUAACACUUUCCACGGCCACGGACUCGCCACUUGAACUUCGUUCGGCCGUGGAUCGGGUUGUUCCUCUUAUUGUGUUUUUGUAA